GACUGGGCCCUUGGUGUUCUGCAUGCUAAAAUAAUUGCUGCCAUAACUUUAAUGGGGCCACAAUGGUGGCUGAAAACAGUCAUUGAACAGGUUUAUGCAAAUGGAAUUCGAAAUAUUGACUUACACUUUAUAAUACAAAAGCUUGCAGCACCUGUUAUUUCAGUUUUACUGCUUUCUCUCUGUGUACCUUAUAUUGUAGCUUCUGGUGUUACACCUUUGUUAGGUGUCACUCCUGAGAUGCAAAAUUUAGUACAACGACGGAUUUAUCCUUUUCUACUCAUGGUAGUAGUUUUGAUGGGAAUAUUAUCCUUUCAGAUCCGUCAAUUCAAGCGCCUUUAUGAGCAUAUUAAAAAUGAUAAAUAUCUUGUUGGGCAACGACUUGUGAAUUAUGAACGAAAAACUGGGAAACCAGGGACAUCACCGUCACCUCCUCAGUCUUCACAAGAAUAGAAAUUGGUCACAUGGAAUUACUUGAUCUUCCUUUGCCUUUGUGUUCUUUCUCAUAGACUGGUUGUUAUUAUUUGGGUAUUUCCAAACUAUUUUCUCAGCUGGGUUUUUAUAUUUUAAUUUUGGUUUCUUUUCUCAUGGCAUUCAGAUAGCAGUUAAGGCUGUGUACUAUCUGCAAUUUCUGAACUUACCAGUACUGAGAUCUGUAAAUGUGUAAAUAGCAAUAUCCCAAUACCCUACAACCUUGGAUUAAAAUGAAUGUUCAUUGUACAUCUUUAAAGAAUAUUAAUUUAUUAAAUCUAGUUGUCACUUUAUUUUGGAUUGCUGUUCUGUUGACAUAUGUGCCACAAAACAAUAUUGCUGUAGGCAAGAUAUAUAUUUCAAAAGAAUCAAUUGCAUUUUUAUAGCAAUGGCUAGCUUAUCAAGAAUAUGAAAAUGAAAUUACCAUUACAGUCAGCAGUGAAGUGGCUGUGAUAAGAAAACAUGAAUUUCAUUUGAUUUUUAAAAAAAUAUUACUGUAUAACGUCAAAGCUGUUGUACAUUUUCUAUUGCCUGAUUUUUUUUUUUUUUCAUGUGAUUUCAUUUGUAAUACUGUACAGUAGAAUGGAUCAGG